AUGCCGGCGAGGAGGGCGGAGAUGGGUGCCGGAGCACCUGGUGUGAACACGUGUGGGGACAACUGUAACAAACACGUAACUGUCUUAUCACGUAUUGAUAAGGAGUUUUUGAUGCUUGCAAAUAUAAGGAGAGUUGCCCAGUCUAUUCUUCGUGUUCAUAGGAACAGAUAUCAGGGAGUGAGUAGAAAUGGGGCUUUUGUCUCAGCUGGACCUAAUAUCAAUCGAUGCAGGGUGUAUAUGCAAAAUAAGUUUCCCAGUGAAGCAUGUACUUCAUGCUUAUGGCAUGGAACUAGGGGGAACUUUCACAAAGGGUGUUCUUUCAGCAACUUUGCUGUAACCUCAACAAGUAAUGCAGCAGCAUAUAAUUCUCAAAUAGCUUGGAAAUUUCUGUAUAAAAAGUAUUAUUCCAAUGGCCGCAACACAUUAACCUCAAUACAUAUGAUUGCUCAGGCAGUGAGCCUCACUUUUGCUCGUUACUAUUUGUUGGUCCCGAGUAUCUUUGUACUAACUUGGGGAGAACUAGCAUUGGCUCGGCAAAGAAAUUCGCCACAUGCAAAACGUUACCCGUCACAGAAUGCUUUGUAUAUGCAUGCACAAGAUGGGUACAACUACGUGUUAGUUUUUGCAGCCGCUAUAGUAGAAGGCCUCAUUUUGUUAGUGAGAGCUAUCUAUCUAGCAAUGUUAUUCUCUCCAAGUAUACUGAUGGCACCAGUUGCAGAUUAUUUUGGACCAGAGUUUAGGAAAGUGUGGCUCCGGGUAAUUCAUCGUACAUUAGAAAAAGCAGGCCCGGCAUUCAUAAAAUGGGGUCAAUGGGCUGCUACACGACCUGAUCUCUUUCCUCGGGAUUUAUGUAUGAAACUUUCUGAACUUCAUACUAAAGCUCCCGAACAUAGUUUUUACUACACAAAGAAAACUAUAGAGAGAGCUUUUGGGCGAAAGAUAUCUGAAAUUUUUGAAAACUUUGAAGAAGUUCCUGUAGCAUCUGGUAGUAUUGCUCAAGUGCAUCGUGCUCUUUUAAGAUCUACUUACCCUGGUCAGAAAACAAAGAGCCAGGUGGUUGCAGUGAAGGUUAGACAUCCUGGUGUGGGAGAAUCUAUUAGAAGAGAUUUUGCAAUUAUCAAUUUGAUGGCAAAAUCUUCAAGGUUUAUUCCUGCUCUCAAUUGGUUAAGAUUGGAUGAAAGUGUUCAACAGUUUGCAGUUUUCAUGUUGUCUCAAGUUGACCUUGCAAGGGAAGCUGCUCAUUUGAGCCGUUUUAUCUACAACUUCCGUAAAUGGAAGGAUGUCUCUUUUCCUAAGCCUGUCUAUCCACUUGUGCAUCCUGCAGUCUUGGUGGAAACCUAUGAAAAUGGGGAAAGUGUGUCAUAUUAUGUUGAUGAACUUCAAGGACAUGAGAGGAUUAAAAGUGCUCUUGCUCAUAUUGGGACUCAUGCACUUUUGAAGAUGUUACUGGUGGAUAACUUCAUUCAUGCAGACAUGCAUCCCGGAAAUAUCCUUGUUCGACUCUCUCAAAGCAAGCGCCGGAAUCGGCUCUUCAAAUCAAAGCCUCAUGUGGUUUUCCUUGAUGUAGGCAUGACUGCUGAACUCUCUGGUAGUGACCGGGUAAAUCUAUUGGAAUUUUUCAAAGCUGUUGCCCGCCGUGAUGGUCGGACAGCUGCAGAGUGCACACUCAGAUUAUCACAAAAACAGAACUGCCCAAAUCCAAAGGCUUUCAUUGAGGAAGUGGAAGAGGCAUUUACCUUUUGGGGCACCCCGGAAGGUGACCUGGUUCAUCCUGCAGAGUGCAUAGAGCAAUUACUGGAGAAAGUCAGGCGUCAUAGAGUUAAUGUAGAUGGCAAUGUUUGUACUGUCAUGGUGACAACCCUGGUUCUCGAGGGUUGGCAGCGUAAGCUUGAUCCUGGGUAUGAUGUGAUGCAGACGCUGCAGACAUUGCUGCUCAGAGCUGAUUGGGCAAAGUCUCUUUCUUACACAAUUGAUGGGCUUAUGGCCCCCUAAAUAGUGAGGACCCCUUUGUUUCUUGAGGCUCUCCAGAAGCAAUUUUGACGAACAUAAAACUAAAGCAUGAGCUCAAAGCCUAAAAGGCUAAAACUAAAGGCGCUAUGACAUUUUCCUUGUUUCUUUGUCAAUUUUUUCUAAAGAAUUAUACAUGUAUUUAUCUCUUGAUUAUUUUCCAGCGGUUAAUGCUGCGUGCAUGAGCAUUAUAGUCUACGGUAAAAAGUGUAAGAAAGCGGUCUAUAUUUGAGCUUCA